AUGGUAAAUGAAUUUUCUUUUGCAAAGGUGUUCCAUCAAGUUGCUGGACCUGAACAUGUACAUACUUCUGAAUUCCGCAUGACUGUAUGCUUAUAUGUGCGUGCGUGGAUUUGUGCGGAACUGCAAGUCUUUCCUCCUAAUGUUAACAGCAGCAAAAAAACGAAUCUCUUUGACAAGUCAGCAAAGAAGGGUAGAUUCCUUUACUAUUCAGUUGUCGGCAUUCACUAUUUUGCGAAGUUAUUUAAAAUGACCUACAUAUUAUUGAUAGUCAAUCACUUCGUUAAUGUUGUCGGUUUUCUGUAUUGUAUCAACCCCAGGAUAGAGUUCAUGUUCAAAACCGAGGUAAAUUUCAAAAGAUCCCUACAAGGAUUACAGAAUCGAGACUCUUUUCAUAGUGACAGGGAUGAAUGUCGACAAAAACAACGCAAACCACGAUAA